UUUUGUUCUGUCAAUACAGCUUAUCGAGUUAUCAAGCUGAACUGCCUUCUGUAAGGAGCUUGAAUCGUUCGUUUACUCUAAGUCUUAUUACCGACGCGAUGGAUUGCUAUUUGAAAACACUUUCAAUACAAAAAGAGCUCCUUCCGGCUAUACUCUAGUUGGACAGUCGACGUUCAGUUUGAGAAGUCAAGGAGGCACGAAGAGCUAACAAAGAGUCUUUCUAUUUGACUGUCCGAAAUCAGGUGGGAGAUUGAAUUGAAAAGGCCCCUUACUAUAGAUAGGGUGUUAGCGCUGUUUUUUGAAAUAAGGACGUUUAGGUUUGACUAAUAAGAUAGAAAGGGGCAAGCCAAAACCCACUCUGCUGAGUUCGGCUUUCGGGGCUACCUACUUUAGGGCUUAUGUAAUAUAUAAAGAAGAACCCUCUUAGGGCCUUUUUGUUUAAGGGCUGCUCGCCUUUUGAAUAGAAGGAAGUGGGAGAGAAGAGGUUAUUUCGGUAAACCGAUGCAUGAGCUGAGGCUCCCAUGUCCCGCCGACCCUCCGAAAAAGUAAGGGCUCAUAGGGAGUCAGAAGCAAGCAGAGUAAAGGGCGGGUAAAACUCACAUAAGCAGAGGGGGAGACACAUUCAUGAAAAGCGAGAAGCCCUGCCGUGGGGGACUGACCAACUAUGAAUAGAUCUUACUUAUGCUUACGGGUAAGAACAUAUAUUAGUCCGUAUCGUGGGUCUAUUUGUUACAAAAGGCGAACAUCCCCUUUCCAAAACAUUAACAUAGGUCCUCAGGCAGACAUCGAAAAGGGGGCGAAAAGAGUCUAUUUACCUUUACAUACAAUAUUUCGGAAUGUAUCAUGGCUCUAUCUAUUCAAACAAAAAAGAAAAAAGAGUUCUGCAUCUCGGGUGAACAAAUAGGCGUGGGGAAGAGUGAGAGGGGGGGCUACGAGUCCUCUCUCGUUGUUGUUCCCGGACCACCCAUCUCUUCCUUCCCCUUCGCCCGGCCCGGUGAGAUCAGAUUUCUAGAACGAAGUGAAGUGAUAGGAAGAGAAGACUGCUGGCGGGAAAUCCCUAUUCAUGAAAGCCCCUUGUUAAGGUUAAGGGGAAAACGAAAGUGCGCUCCUGCGCACCAGCUGAAGAAAGGAGCUUUGGAAGUUUACCUUAUUAUUAUAUUAAAAGGGGAAAGGGUUCCAAACCUAUCUGACUAAUAAGAAGAAAGGGGCGUUCAGCCACAUUCUUGGUUGUACAAUCCAAAUUCUCAAAGAAAGCAGACACCCAUCCGCAUUCAUUUUCACAAAAAAGACUGUAAGGGGAAACCUUCACACAAAAAUAUUCGUAUAUUCUCGCUCAUCCACGGGUUUUUCCCAAGCCAAAACCUACUCCUAAGAAGUUGCUGGAUCGAAGUAGUACAUUAUACAUCUGCCCGCCAGCAGCGGAGGGGGUUCGAUUCCCCUUAUACGCGAUGUGGCGAAAAAGACUGAUUCAACGAGAUACCUUGCCUGCAUUAAGAUUUAAAACUUGUCGUCUACUUUCAGGAAAUGUUUGGAACAGAGAACUUACAAUAAUACAACGCCGUAUUCUCCGAAGAUUGAGGAACAAGAAGAGAUCUAUUAAGAGAAAGAUUUAUUCUAGAGAAAAUCUUAACAGUUACAUCCAAUCACAAACUACACGAAAGUUGUCCCUUUUUUAUGGAGAUUUACCCAUCACAGAGAUGCACAGAGGAAGAGAACGAACUUCAUAUAUCCCUUUUCUACUCAAUCCAGAAACAAGAUCGGACGUUAUCCUGGUUCGUCUCCAUUUUUGUGAAACUAUUCCUCAAGCAAGGCAGCCGAUAAGUCAUCGAAGGGUUUGUGUGAAUAAUGGAAUGGUUAACAUUACUCAUUUUAAACUCUCCCACGGUGAUAUAAUAUCUUUUCAAGAAAAUGAUGCGAGAACCCGCGGUGAAGAAAUAAAGAGAUCCUUCUAUAUCGAAAUCUCAGUUGAAAAAAUAAUAGGCAAAUUCCUGGAUCACCCGUGGAGAAGAACCAAAACAGAAUGGUUCCGCCUACUCAAAACGUCGAGGGGAUGCCGCCUACUACUAAAAUCCCGGUUUUUGCAACAGUUGCGUUCUUCUAUGCAAGAAGAAGACUUAGAAAGAACAAAGAAGUUUGGAUCCGAAAAAGUAUGCUUAGGCAGUUCUUUCGCUGAGCACAACAGAAUGAAGAGGAAUUUGUAUCAUUUCAAAUCCCUAUUCUUAUCGAAGAGAAGGAACGAGAAAAACCGAAAUAUUCCUACUCGAACAAGAAGUCCUAUAGUUUACAACUCUUCUUUAUAUAGUAAUUCGACCUAUUGCUCCGCAUCCCCCCAUCAGUUUACUAAAAAGAUCAAAAUCAAAAGGAUCGAACUACCUACUCAUUAUUCGGAGGUGAAUCAUAGAACACCAAAAGCUGUGGUAUAUUAUGGACCUAACAUAGGUCACAUACCUCACGACAUAAGAUUGAAAGAUCCAAACCUUCUUCUUCGGAGCGGAAAGGGACGUGGCCAAAACAUAUAA